CUUCAUCCCCGCCUUUUCCGGUCAAAUAGGACGCGGCGAUUGGGUCUUUGGGCGGGGAUUUUGGCAAGGCAGGCACCCAAUAGGAGAGAGAUCGGGAUCCUUGCCUCCCUCCUUCCCCCAACCCACGCCCCCGUCUUCCUUCUCGUCCCGUUACCUUGGAACCUGCUGUAAAUAUCCCGACUCUGCUGCGAUGGCGUUGCGGUCCCUUUAAGCCGAGCCUCUGCAACCGUCUGGCUCGGGGCAGGGCCCGCGAGCCCCCGAGGCAGCAGAAGCAUGCAUUUUGAAUGACACCUUCUGAAUGCCAAUGUGAAACCCAGCAACUCUUCUUCUGAAUGUGGGGAUCAUGAAGAGUUAGCAAGAGCCUGCAGUUCCACCCGUGACAUUAUGAGCCCUCCCCUAGAAAAAUGAAUAUUCCCUGAGGAAAAGUCUUGAACACAUGCUGAUUUUGAAAUGGGGGAGAGAGGAAGGAGUCUGGAUUCUGGACACAACAGAAAAUCAGACAGUGAUAAAAGCAGUAAUUCCUGCUAUUCAGAUGAUGAUUCAUCCCGUGCCUCUGACCACUCGCCAACAGGAAGCUCCCAGUCUGCAAACACUGGAGCAAAAAGUAAUAAAACACAGAAUUUGAAGAGCCUGGCACAUUACCAAGCCACUAAGCAAAUUGCCUCUAAAUAUGCACCAAGCAAAAGAGGGAUCCGCUGGGGUUUUCGCUCCCAGAGCCUCAAUAGGGAUUCGCCUGCCAAAGAUAUUGGUCUUGUUACAAAAAGGGUGCUUUCUGCCAGACUGCUGAAAAUCAAUGAGCUUCGUAACGAACUGACUGAACUGCAUGUCAAACUUGAUGAGCUGCAGAAAGAAAAUAGGGCACUGAAGCGGCUUCAGUACAGGCAUGAAAAAGCCCUCCAUAAGUUUGAAGACACAGAAAAUGAAAUCUCUCAGCUCCUGGCACGGCAUAACGAUGAGAUCAGAAUACUGAGGGAGCGUUUAAGAAAAUCACAAGAAAGGGAGCAAACAACUGAGAAAAAGCUGAGGACAUCCGUGGAAGAACUGUACAAGGCCAAAGGUAGCUUGCAAAAAUUGAGAAGACUUGCAGAAGACAAGCAUCUUCCUGAACGUGAUGAACUGGCCAGGAAGUUAGCUUUAGCAGAGAGUAAGUUGGAUGACAAUGAGAAGAGAAUUAAGGAUUUGGAGAAGAACAUUGAGCUUAGUAAUAGUAGUUUUCAGAGACAAUUGCAUUCUGAGAAAAAGAAAUUAAGUGAGAUCCAGGAAGAAAAUAAAAUUCUCCAAGUGGAAGUUGACCGACUAAAUCAAAAAUUAAAGGAGAAAGAAAGAGAGCUAGAUGCAAAAAAUAUUUAUGCCAAUCGAAUGUUAAAACCUUCACCCAAAAAAGAUGCUGAUAUUACACCAAGAAAAAAAGCUGAAAAUAAGAAUACUAAAAAAGAAGUACAGAUGACAAAAGGAGUACAGACUACUGGACACUUAUCCCCAGUAGAAUUUCCUCUGCCACCAGACAUCAUUUCUGACGAUAUACCAGAGGAAAAGGAAGAAGAUGCAUAUCCUGGAAUGGAACAGACAGUUAAACAGGACUGGAAAGAACAAGCAGAACUUUUCAGGCAAGAACAAAGCAGAGAAAGGGAAAAGAGACUGAAAAGUGAUCAAGAAUUGCAGGCACUGGAAGAACGAGCUAAGAAACUGAGAGAUGAAUGGGAAAAAGAAGAAUUUGAGGGGAGGAAGAAAGAAAAUAGUCUUUUGCUGGAAAAAGAAGAAAAAACAAAGAUGGAAACAGAAAUAUAUAAUAUAGGAAAUGAGACCUAUAAUAGUGAAAAAGCAGAAGAAGAAAAACGUAAGGAAAUCCUGCUGGCUAAAAUGUAUGAAAUUGACAGAGAAACCCAGGUUAAUAUAAAGGUAGCUUCCCAAACAUAUACCACAAGCACAGCAACAAUAUCUCCUCCCUUGGAAGAGAGUAAAAGACCAUACCAGUUUGCGGAGAUGGCAGAGAAAUUACUCAAUGGUUUUCCAGAAUAUGACCAGCAUAUUGGAGUUACAAAAGGAGAAAUCCCCAAACAGCAAAAUGUAGGGACCAUGUGUUCAAGCAAUGAUUUGACCUUUGGUAGCUAUGUACCUUCCUUUGGGAAAGUGUCGGGGAGGCCAGGCUGGCUUAAUCAAAAAGGUGACUUUCUAGAAGAAAGUACUAAGGAAAAUGUAACCCUCAAGAUUAAGAGAGAGAGAAAGUCCAAUUUAAUGGAACAGCUGUUUGGAAGCAGUACCAAUGCUGUGAGUCCAUCUAAGAGAAAUGACUUGGGUCCUUUUCGGCAAGACAGUGGUACAAACAAUGGCUUUUUUCCAGAUAAAAGCACUACAGUCAAAGUACAAGAUGACAAUGAUAUUUUAUUUAGUGAAGGAAAAAGCUUUAAUCCCAAAAGGCAUCGACUACAGCACAUGGCAAGCAGGCCAGCAGUUAAGGCUCUUGAUUACUUAGAAGAUGACAUUGAAGAAACGAAUGAUGCCGAAAGCGUGUUCGUCGAGCAGGAGCAAGUGAGUGACAGCAGCGGGGCAGAACUUACUCCCCGCUUUUGCUACUCCUCAAAUCUUGGUGCUAAUUUGGGAGUCAGUGGGCAAGCCAACUGAGGCUGAAUUUAUAAAGAGACAGAGGCCCCAUUCGCACAUAACAAACCGGAGUUGCAUCGGGCAGAAGUUGGAAAUCGUGUACGUCCGAAUGCAUGAAAGCGACCUGUGGUUUCCCUCGCCAAACUCCAAUUUGAACCUUCAGUUUGUAGCUGUACUUCAAUUGGUGAAGUGUGGAUGCACAGCCUCCACAUUCCAGGGAGGAAGAUGCAGCUGUCGUAAAGCAGGGUUGAUCUGCUGCGGCGUGUGUUCCUGUGCAUGUCAAAAUACACAGAACCAAGAGGAUGCUUGUGACAAUGUGGUGGAGAAUGAAGAUCCAGAGCAGCUAGAGGAAGAAGACAACAAGAAUUUCUAGGAAGAAGCAAAUUAAGUGCAAAAAACCCUCUUUUUAAAAUUAAUUAUGAACAUCUUUCAUAUGCUGUAAUAUUAAUUAGGUGUAAGGUAGUUCAUUUUUGUCAAAAGAUUUAUGCAUAACUUGUAAUAAAAGUCACUUAUGCAAAAUG